AUGGCACUACCAGACAACACCUCCCUUUCUCCACAUUCUCUACCCGCUGAAAAGGACGCCAGCGACUCGGCUGAUACUAACACCACCGAUAUCAACAAUGCCGACAAUACUACUACCACCACCACAGCCACCGACCCCCCCACGGGCCACACGCUCCGCUUCCGCGCCGUGAUCGCCUCACUCGCCUUCACCGCGCUCUGUUCCUCCCUCGAAGGCACCAUCAUCACCAGCGCCCUACCCACCAUCGCAGCCGACCUCAGCCAGAACCCAACGAAGAGCAGCAGUACCAUCUGGAUCCCCAACGCCUACUUUCUCGCAACGGUGGCGAUGCUGCCGCUGAUGGCUCAGGCUGCCAACCUGUUUGGCCGGCGCUGGCUGACGCUGCUGUCGGUUGGGCUGUUUACGCUGGGCAGUGGGAUCUGUGGAGGUGCGACGACUAUGGGGAUGGUGAUUGGGGGGAGGGUUGUACAAGGCCUCGGUGGCGGUGGCAUCGCACUGAUGAUCAAUAUCGUCCUCAGCGAUCUUGUGCCGCUUCGCCAGCGUGGCAAGUACAUGGCCAUAGUGCAGAUGGUAUCAGCCGUCGGCGCUGCACUAGGCCCCUUUCUCGGCGGUUUGUUGACUGAGCGAAGCUCCUGGCGCUGGGUGUUUUAUAUCAAUCUCCCCAUCGGCGGAACCUCCUUCAUCGCCCUCUUUCUCUUCCUCCGCAUCUCCCACCCCCAACUCCCAACCUCCCUCACCACGAAACUCGCCCGCAUCGACCUCCCCGGCACCGCCCUCUUCCUCGCCGCCACCGUCUCCAUCCUCCUCGGCCUCACCUGGGGCGGCACCCUCCACCCCUGGUCCUCCGCUCCCGUCCUAGCCCCUCUCCUCCUGGGCUUCGCCGGCCUCGCGCUGUUCACAACCUACGAAUGGACCCUCGCCACCCACCCAUCCCUCCCACCCCCGCGCGUCCUCCUCGCCGACCGGACAGCCAUCGUGGUUUUGGGCGUGACUUUCCUCACGACGCUGUGCACGUACUGGGCGUUCUACUUCGCCCCACUGUACUUCCAGGCCGUGCAAGCUAAGAGUGUGUUGCAGGCGGGAUUGGACGCGCUGCCGUUGUUUGCGGGGUUGUUUCCCUUUGCGAUUGUGGGCGGGUUGGUGAUGGGUCGGACGGGAAGGUAUAAGCCGCUGCAUCUUGUGGGGACGGGGUUGUUGACGGUGGCGUUUGGGCUAUUUUCGUUGUUGGGGGAGGAGUCGUCGACGGCGGCAUGGGCGUGUUUUCAGUUGGUGGGUGCGAUUGGCGCUGGGCUGCCGGUUGCGGUGCUUUUGCCGGCUAUGCAGGCUUCUCUUAGGGGGGUUGCUACGGCUACUCCUUCGAGACCCAACCCCAACCCCGACCUCGACCUCACGGCCCUCGCAACAGGCAUCUGGACCUUCACCCGCGCCUUCGCCACCGUCUGGGGCGUCACCAUCCCCGCGGCGCUCUUCAACAACGCUUGUGCAACUCGGGCUGCCAGCAGCAUCGCCAGCAGCAUAGCUCUCGCCUCCUCUUCACCCUCUUCACAACAGGCAGCGGAAGAAGCAGCUAUGGCAACGGCAGCAGCAACGUCCGAACUAGUACGUGUCCUGGCGCCUCUGCGGGACGGACGGGCAUAUCAGUUUGCGACAAGGGCGUUUUUGAUGGAGGGGAUUCGGGAUGAGGGGGUGAGGGAGGUUGUUAGGGGGGUUUUUCGGGAUUCUAUCCGUGUGGUGUGGUACGCAGGCAUCGGGUUUGCCGGUGCAGCUUGGUUGUUGGUUUGGUUGGAAAAGGAGGUGCCGUUGCGGACGACGGUGGAUAGCCAGUAUGGGCUGGAGGAGGGUCAGAAGAAGGGGGGCGAUGAGGAGGUUGGGAGGAAGAGCGAGGAGAAGGGGGAUACUGUCUAG